AUGGCGAAUAUGCCUAUCCUCCCAACCUUCGAUUCAUUUGGGGAGAGUUCCUCCCUAGGCCCACGAUGGGAAAGCUGGGUGAAGAGAUUUGAAGGGGCAAUGAUAGGAUUUAACAUCACUACUGCUCGCAGGAAACGUGCCCUUUUGGUACAUUACGGAGUAUGCCACAGUGGCAAUUCCAUCAAAGCACUUGAUGUCAAUACACCUGCUGACGUUGAUAGCAAUGCUGAUAGUGACUAUCUGUUCACAUUCAAAGAUAAGAACAAACCAUCAACCAAUAUAAUGAUCGAGGGAACAAGUUCUUCUAUAGUAGUCGAUUCCGGUUGCUCGAGGAAUGUCAUAGAUGAGACUACUUACCAGAAGUUGCAGGUGAAACUCAGAAGCACACCAAUUCUUCUGGUUCCGUAUGGUACAAAGACUCCUUUAAACGUGCUCGGGAAAUUCACUGGCCUCUUUGAAACGUCUAAGAAAGCUACGACAGCAGAGGCAUUCGUAGUCAAAGGCACAUACAGAUGUCUUCUGGGAUUGGCAACUGGGCAGGAACUUGGACUUAUCACUAUUCAUGAAAGCACAAAUGCUGUUAAUGCAGAUGUCGACUACGUAACAGCAUAUCCCAAUUUGUGGUCAGGGAUAGGAAAACUGAAGGGCAUGGAAGUGGAACUGGACAUAGAUAAUUCAGUUCCACCAGUGGCCCAGCGGUUUCGCAGCACUCCAUUCCAUUUGCUGAAGCAAAUAGAAAAGCAACCAGCUGAACUCCAGGAAGCAGACAUUAUUGAAGAUGCAACAGGUCUAACCCCUUGCGUGUCACCAAUAGUGCCAGUUCCGAAACCGAAUGAUCCAGAGAAUAUCCGGAUCUGUAUCGACAUGAGAGCGGCUAAUGCAGCUAUCAUACGUGAACGCCAUCCAACACCUACGAUGGAUGAAAUCCUCGCUGAGCUCAAUGGAUCGUGUGCGUUCUCCAAGUUGGAUUUGAAGUCGGGAUACCACCAACUUGAACUAGCUUCAGAAAGUCGAUACAUCACCACAUUUGCAACACAUGUGGGUCUGAAGUGCUACAAAAGACUGAACUUUGGCAUUUGUUCAGCGAGUGAAGUCUUCCAGAAUGCCAUAAGACAAACAAUUGAAGGCAUACCAGGAGUUGUAAAUGUGUCAGACGACAUUCUGGUUCAUGCACCUGAUGAAUCAUCACACAACGGACGACUCAAUGCCCUCUUCAAACGUCUGCAGGAGCGAGGGCUUUCACUGAACAAGCAAAAAUGCUGA